AUGAGUCUGUGGACUAACGACUCCUCCGUGGAUCUUUACGCCGGCUCGCAGCCCCCGCUGCCGGGCUCCAACUUCUCCUCCAACCGCACAGACGGCUCCCAGCACCGCGGCCACCACGGCGCCGCCCCGCUGGACCUGACCCGGGCGGUGCCGGUGGGCAUGGUGCUGGCCUCCUUCAUCAUGUUCGCCAUCGUGGGGAACAUCCUGGUGAUUCUGUCGGUGGUUUGUAACCGACACCUGCGGAUCCCGACCAACUACUUCAUCAUCAACCUGGCCAUCGCAGACCUGCUCCUGGGAACCACCGUGCUGCCGGUGUCCGCCACCCUGGAGGUCUUGGAUUACUGGGUGUUUGGUCGGAUCUUCUGUGACAUCUGGGCGGCGGUGGACGUGCUGUGCUGCACGGCGUCCAUCAUGUCUCUGUGCGUCAUCUCCAUCGACCGUUACAUUGGCGUCCGCUACCCGCUGCAGUACCCGACGAUCGUCACAGAGAAGCGGGCACUGCUCGCCAUGCUGGGGGUCUGGAUCCUCGCCAUCGUCAUCUCCAUCGGCCCGCUGCUGGGCUGGAAGCAGCCGCCGUCACAGGAUGACACCACCUGUCAGAUCACAGAGGAGCCGUUCUACACCCUCUUCUCCUCCCUGGGCUCCUUCUACAUCCCGCUGGCCGUCAUCCUGGCCAUGUACUGCCGUGUCUACGUCGUGGCCAAACGCACCACCAAGAACCUGGAGGCCGGCGUGAUGAGGGAGCGGCAGGAGGACUCCAACGAGCUCACCCUGAGGAUCCACUGCAGGAACCAGCAGGUCCACGAGCUGUGCCCGGGGGCGUCGGCCGGACGCAGCACGCUCUCCGUCAAACUGCUCAAGUUCUCCAGAGAGAAGAAGGCCGCCAAGACGCUGGGCGUGGUCGUGGGCAUGUUCAUCCUGUGCUGGCUGCCCUUCUUCUUGGUCCUGCCCCUCGGCUCGUUCAACAGCAGCCUUCGUCCUCCUGAAACCUUCUUUAAAGUGAUUUUCUGGUUGGGAUACUUCAACAGCUGCCUGAACCCCAUCAUCUACCCCUGCUACAGCCGCGAGUUCAAACAGGCUUUCAUCCGGAUCCUGCGGUGCCAGUGGAAGAGGAGGCGUCAGUGGCAGGCGUACUAUAACUACCGCUGCCAGCAGGGCUCCAACACCUCGUCCUUCCUGAACGGCAGCCAGCAGACGCUCUCCUCCGUCAGCCCCAGCCCGCGCUGCGUCGCCUCCAGGCUUCGCCCCCCGCCCUGGCCCUCCGCCUCCUCCUCUGACCGAGACCUCCUCCCGGGGUCGGCGGGGAGAGGGCGACCGGGCCCGGUGUCCCCGCUCGCUAAGGAUGCUGGGACGGUGCCGCAGGCGGUAAUGAACGGUCGGAGAGAAGAGCGGCACGGAGCCGGUGCGGGAACGCCGCCGUCUAAACUGUGA